CAACUAGACCUUCAUUCCAUGCUCAUGUUAUACAAUUGUCUAGCCCUUUUAUUUAGUGAACGGCUAUUUUUCGGCCGGUCGCCGACCUCGUCGCACCGGCCGAAAAUUUUUUUCGGCCCGCCGACGCCGCGGCCGCAAAUUUUUUUCGGCCGGCCGACGAACACGCCGCCCCAAAAAUUUCCGGCGGCGUGUUCGUCGGCCGGCCGAAAAAAAUUUGCGGCCGCGGCGUCGCCGGGCCGAAAGAAAUUUUCGGCCGGCCGUCGCACCGGCCGAAAAAAUCUUUCGGCCCGGCGACGCCACGGCCGCAAAUUUUUUUCGGCCGGCCGACGCUCCGGCCGCAAAUUUUUUUCAGCCCGGCGGCGCACCGGCCGCAAAAUUCUUUUGGCCCGGCCAGUUUUUGUAUUUAAUUUAAUUUAAUACCAUAAUUAAUUAAUAAAUAAAUAAAUACUUAAUUGGUUAGUAGAAAUUAGCAAUUAGUGUUAAUAUUUAUUUCAGUUGGUUUAUAAAUGUUUUUUUUUUGUAAUAGGCGUUUGAAUGUUUAAUUACUUAGAUUAGUUAAUGGAAUUUUAAUUAAUUAAGAAUGUUAAUAUUCAGUACAUUAAUUAAUAGAAAUUUAAUUUAAUUUCUUUCGGCCCGGCCAGUUUUUGUAUUUAAUUUAAUUUAAUACGAUAAUUAAUUAAUAAAUAAAUAAAUACUUAAUUGGUUAGUAGAAAUUAGCAAUUAGUGUUAAUAUUUAUUUCAGUUGGUUUAUAAAUGUUUUUUUUGUAAUAGGCGUUUGAAUGUUUAAUUACUUAGAUUAGUUAAUGGAAUUUUAAUUAAUUAAGAAUUGAUUAAUUAGUGCGCAUCUAAGUAUGAUAUUUUGUAAAUUUGUAGAUAAUUAGAUAUGGAUGAUGCGGGUCAUGCGGGUGGGGAUGAGUUGAAUAGAUUCAAUGGUAGGGUUGUUGAUGUAUCAGCACGAAGGAAGAAUAAGGAGAAUACGCGCUCUCGAGAUAUUGGACAUCAGUCACAGGCAAAUUUAGGGGAGGAUGAGUUAGAGGCUCCUACUGUAGUUGCUCGUUCGGCAUCACGGGCGUCUGGUUCCCAUGGGAGGAACCAGGGUGCUGCAUCCAGAGUGGUCUCGGCUGAGUUUGAUGAGGAUGAUAGUGAUGAGGAUAUCGAGGUCCCUCCACCUACGCGUGGACAUGGACGAGUGUCGUCUCGUACGGCAACAUCACGUCCUGCUUUGUAUAGGGACCGAGCUGGGCGCUUCGUACCACCUGCUCGUCAGGAGACAGAGAGCUCGGGGACUGGACGGAGUAGGGGAGGACGUUCGAGUGGUCCUCCACCGUGGGAGCUUGUUGGUGAGUGUCCUGGUGGACCUACGGAUCCUAGCCUCAUUAGGAGCUUUCGUGGACACGUUGCCUAUGCGCUUUGGACGGGGGCUGGAGAUCGAGGGGUCAUCAGUUGCUACAGCCGUACAUCGGCGGUUGCUUAUUUGAGUAGCUACGUGUUUAGUCAUGUUGAGGCGGAGAAUCUGGUUCAGCAGUCAGGUCUCCAGCACCUGAUGUACUCUAUGUUCCGCAGGAUAGCGAUUGACGAUGCUUUGAUCUCAGCUUUUGUGGAGAGGUGGCAGCCAGACACGAACACCUUCCACUUGCCUUUUGGAGAGAUGACGAUCCUCCUCCACGAUGUUCAGUACUUACUGCAGAUUCCUGUUGAGGACCUCUUUCUUCCACCUCAACAGUAAGACGCCUAAAGUGUUCUCGUUGAAGCUCAAUUUCAUCACUGACUUGUUGUUGACGUGGGGGGUUUUUAUAAUCCAAAGUCCGCCAAAAUACAUGCAACUCUUGAGC